AAAGCUCCUCGCGGGAGUAGGCGAGACGACGAAAAUCACGGGUAAAAAGCGCUAGAGAGGAAUCCGAAAUUCUUCACAGUUUCAAGGUAGCUCUGUUGGCCUGCUAGGUAUGCGCUGAAACGUGUGCAACUUCUCUGUACGGUUGGGAUAAAUACGCUCAUCGUUUGAAAAGUAAUUCGUGUUUAAGUGAAAAUCUCCAUACCAAUAGCUUGAACAAAUAGCCAUUAUGUGUUGCUAGUGUAUCAGUGAUUUUUUCAGUUUGAUAUAUGGUGGAUGACUGAUGUGAGUGAACAGCGGAGGAAAUAUUCCACCGGAAAACAGAAGGGAAAAAUUACCGGUGUAAACAAAGAAGAAAGGCGAAGAAUCUUAACAUUACCGUUUUCCUCUUGACAGUGUGUAUGUGUGUAUGAGUCUAGUUGUGUGCGUUUAGCCGCUUCGGUUUAAGCAGUCGGCAAAAGUUCUUUUCGAAGUUAAUUGUUUGAUAUUUGCAAAGGAAGUGUGCGGUGCAAUAGAGAAGAGAAAUAAAAUCCGAUUACCGAAGCUACCGCAAAGUGUGCUAAGAUGUAGUGGGAAAAUGAUGGCAAAAGCGAGAAAGCUAAUGGCAGGGCGGAGAAGCUGCGUUACGUCCGUUAAGGCGGCGUAACGGAAGAUGCGCUUCAGUUUCGCAAACAUCUAUUCACCGUGCGUCAGUGUUUUGUAUGUGUGCGUGUGUUUGUGUAAGGGCGCAAGCAGUUUUGAUGAUGUGCGUGCGUGUGUGAAUUUGUAAAGGAAGAAGUCGCGUAAUUGUGUGCGUGUGCCGUGCAUUUUUUUUAGUUUCGUCCUGUCAACCUGUUUUGACGUUGUUCGUCGCCAUCGUGUUGCGGUUGUGUGUUUUUUCCGAUCAAAGGAACCGGGUGGUCGGUGUGUAUGUGUAUGUGUGAAAGAAUGUUGUAAAACAAUUUACACUACCACGAAGCGAAAAUAUUUCUAAAGGAGUGUACCGGUGCCCAGCGUAAGCUUUGUGUCUGGAAAUCAGAUCUAUUCAUCUAAUUCGGUAGUGUUGGAUAGUACCGCAGCUAACAAUUGAACCACUAAAGGCUCUAAAGGACUUUUGUUUUGCGAUAAACAUUCGGUGUAUGUUUACUACACGUGCAAGGUCUGUGAAAAAAAACACACUGCAACGAUUGCAUACGAUCAUCGUUUACUUUUCGUGUAUAAUUUAUUGCACAGCACCAUUAUCAUCAACAACCGCCACGAAGAGGGCUUGUUGAACGAACAUCAACUACUACUAUCAGAGUCCGAGGGCAACUUCUAGUGAAACCUUCUAGAGAAGCGACUCUAAACAAUCGCUCGACAUCGAAGCGAAUUUCCUACAGUAGUGGCAGGUUGCUCGACCUUGUCCCACCUCGGUCGUUUUGUUCGUCCAGCUUGUGCUGCUGAAGAUGGCACCCAGAGAAGAUGCGCUCGAGGAAGCUGACCCGAUCUAUUACCAUUACAAUAACGCCACUGCAGCCCUGAUCCCCACCGAUAACGUUUGUGCGGCAGCAGGAGGCCUGGACGCCUACCGAUGCCGGUUGAAUUAUUAUGGUCAUCUUCAACAACUGGACGGAUGCACAAAAUCCUCAUAUUUACCGUAUUCGUUUGAAUCCUCUACGUACCUAUCGGGACUCAGUAUGAUAAGAGCAAACGUUUCCGAUGAUCUGUUUUCGUGUAAUUUCACACCAAGUUUUCUAACAAGUUGUGUAUGAACUACUACGGCGGCCGGAAAGUGGUAGUGCGUGAAAAGUUGUUAUUUUUGCUCAAGAGACAUUACGGUUACAUUAAUGAAACAGUGCGAACCAAUAUGAAAAUUGUUAGUUACGUAUAAGAUUUGAAUAGAUAUCAGUAAAACGUAAUACGCUUUGCAAGUUCUAGAAAGUAGAGAUCUUUCACGAGCACAACAGAAAGAUAAGGCACGAGGAUAUUAAGUGAUACCGGUACGGCAGAUAAGCGAAGGUGCGUUAAUCAUUCUGCUACAACACGCACACACACAAAUACGUAAAUACACAGCUGUGUAGACCUAUCUAAAAAUACAGUGUGUUUAGUGCACGCGGACGUCUUGAUAGGAAGAGUGUAAGAUAUAAGUGUAAAAUUACAACUUCUGCGAUACGGUGUGUCGUCCGGUAUUAGUUUGAAGCUAGCUGCAGACGCGUUUCAAAAUGUCGUUCCUAAACAAUCUGAAGAAGGUGUUUCACCUGGGCAGUGGAGAGGCGAAGAAGAAACGCAUCUUCAACAACAUCCGCAUGGACACGGACCCGGCCGACUUUUGGGACAUGAUUGGCGAGCUGGGUGAUGGUGCAUUUGGCAAAGUUUACAAGGCACAGAACAGAGAAACUAAACAAUUGGCCGCGGCUAAAAUGUGCACAUUGGAGGAUGAGGAGAAUCUGAGCGAUCAUAUGGUGGAGAUCGAUAUCCUGUCCGAGAUCAAGCAUCCCAACAUAGUCGGUCUGUAUGAAGCGUUCUCGAUCGACGAUAAGCUGUGGAUGCUGAUAGAAUAUUGUGAUGGUGGUGCCUUAGAUAGUAUUAUGGUGGAGCUAGAGAAACCUCUCACCGAGGCGCAGAUUGCUUACGUAUGCAAGCACAUGUGCGCCGGACUGAACCAUUUACACAAGAACAAGGUGAUACACCGAGACUUGAAGGCCGGCAACGUGCUGCUGACAAUGGACGGUGGCGUUAAACUAGCGGAUUUUGGCGUUUCGGCUAAGAACAAGCACACAAUGCAAAAGCACGACACCUUUAUCGGCACGCCGUACUGGAUGGCACCAGAACUAGUGUUGUGCGAAACGUUCCGGGACAAUCCGUACGACUUCAAGGUCGAUAUCUGGUCGCUAGGCAUCACGUUGAUCGAGUUUGCUCAAAUGGAACCACCGAACAGUGAAAUGUCUCCGAUGCGGGUGCUGCUCAAGAUACAGAAAAGCGAACCACCCAAGUUGGAUCAACCGUCGAAGUGGACGAAACACUUUAACGACUUUCUCGCGCGUGCGCUUGUUAAGGAUCCUCAGCAAAGGCCGUCGACCGACGUGCUUAUGGGACUACCGUUCAUUAGCGGUAACCUAGACUCGAAACCCAUCAAGGAUCUGCUACUCGAGUAUAAGGCGGACGUCGUCGAGGAAGAGUUGGUAGACGAGGAAGCAGAGGAACCCCGCAAUUCUGCUCUUCCGCUCGACUUGGAUGAUGAUUCUUCCUCGUUGCAGAGUCAAGAAACUGAUAAGCUUCCAGAUACACCCACAUCCCUAUCGAAGUCAUCCAGGGAUUCGAAAGAGUCUACACCCGUUCCUGCCACCGAAGAUGAUACCAGCAAACCGAAAAUUGGCCCAAUGCCGACUCCGGUCGGUGCGGCAGGUCCGCCGGGCACGACACCGCUGGAGAAAACACCAAUUAGCGUAGAUACUAAACCGGAAAUAAAAAAAUCCCAACCAUCACCGUCAAUCGUUCCGGCCGCCUCAAUCGGUGGAGAGGUUUUAUCGCAACCAACGAUCAAAACAUCUUCUUCUUCAUCGAAUAUCAGUGGUGGAGCGGUAAAUGUUCCCACUCCUGUGUUACCGGUGCCUAAGGAAGUUGUAACUGAAGUAACUUCCACGGCAGAUUUACAUUCAGAGUCACCGGUUGGAAUUGAUUCGAGAAAGACUGCUGCAGCAGGUGGAACGUCUAACAUUUCUGCUGUUAAAAAAGGGCCGGCACCACCGCCACCACAAACACCGACAUCCCCAUCGGCGAAGCAACCUUCAACGAUGCUGCCCUUGGAUGGUUCCUUAUCCAAGGAUGCUGUUCCACCAACACCACCAGAAACGCCGCGAACACCACCGGAAAGUGAAAUCUCCGCAAAGGCUCUCGAUCGUACAGAUGCAACAGUGCAGGGCAUUGUAAUGCCACCACCACCUCCGGCUCUGAUGCGAAUGGGAAGUAGUGGUGUGGUCGAGGAACAACUUAAAUCUCCCCGAAAGGAAAACGCGCCGACACCACCGUACGAUAAAGAAAGUCCCAAGGCUUCCACUCCACCGAGUUCAAAACCAACGGUCAAUGUCCAUGAGCGUCCUUCGUCACCGAAAGCAAUUAACUCUAGUAAUAAUAAUGUUGCCAUUCCGAGAGCAGUUCAUCCGCAUACAUCUCUACCGGAUGAUGGUGCAGUGGAUGAGGGCGUGAAAAUGAUUACUUCCACCUCAACGCCAUCUGUAGUACGAAAUCAAUUGCCUCAUCAUGCUACCCUGAUGAAUAGCUCCUCAUCCUCUUCCACCACAUCUAUCACCAUUAACGAUGCGACGGUACUUUCCGAUCCUUCAAACAGUCUGGCAAGCAAUGUGGCACAGGUGACAGUUGUCACGAGCCAUCCGCCGGUGAUAAUUGACAACUCAAUUCCCCUAUCAGCAGCGGCAGCAACAGUUGUGUCUUCAGGCACUUCUUCAUCUGCCUCGUCGACGAAAUCGUUCGGUUCGUCGCAGCAACGCCGUUCUCGUGUCAUAUCUCCACCGGGUACUGGAGCCCACGAUGAGGUGAUUAUCGUGUCGAAUGAGCUCAACAAAACGCACGUAAACGAAUCGUCAACCGAUGAUGAUUUUCAGUCGUUGGACAGUCUGGAGAACGUUUCGCCGCGCCAUCAUCCAAUCCGAACACCAUCACAAUCGGCAGGCGGGCGUUCGAUUGCGAGAAAGCUGGACGAAAGCGAAGUGCUUAUUGUUAGCUCCGGUUUCGACGAUCGUCGUGAAGUGCUCCUUGUGGAUGAUAUGAACGCUGGUUCACCGGAUCGCGAUGUCGAUGCAUACGGUGACGGUGAUUUGUUUAAUGCGAGCAGCAAUAAUCUACUAAAUAACAGCAGCAAACUGUUGCUGGACACUAGUCAUGUAUCGGUAGUAACGGUGGGAGAGGAAGAAAUAAAGGUAAAGGAUUCUUCUCAGCAUCAUCCGCAGUUGAUCAAUAAUCCGCAUGCGUCUCCUCACCAUUACCAUCACGAUUCCACCAGUGACUUGUCGAACGUUAGCUGCGGUCCGAGUGAAUCGAGUGAUGAUGUAAAGGUGGACAUCGUGGUCGGUGCAGGUGCCCGCCAGCAGAUGUCCCAGCAGCAUCAGGCUCAACCGCAUAUGCACCAGCAGCAGAGAUCACCCUCCGGUUCCUCUAUAUCGCUUCCAAGCCAAACGGGCAAAGGUGGCACUGGUGGAAGUAGUAUUAUCAAUGGCAAUAGAUAUAAUGGUGGCACUGAGUUCCAUGAAAGCCGCGAAGAUGUUAGCAUAAUAGUGAAUAAGCGAAAGAUUGAAAAGUCACGGAUUUCACCAGAUAGCAGCGUCGGUUCGCUUGAAGGUGGUGGAUCUGUGCGUUCAGCUAGUACGCCCAUUCAUCAGAAUCACCAUCCGCAUCAACAUGGUGGCGCGGCUGGCGUAGUGAUCGGUGGAAACCAUCAUCAACGAACGGGUAGUAGUGGAAUGGCACCACCGGCAAUAUCUUCAAAACAUCUUCAAGAUCGUAGCGAUGCGGAAAGCAUUGCAACUACCACUAGUCACGAUAGUCGCGAGCAUGCAGCAGUCGAGCUGGAAGAAGAGGUAACAUUACGCCGGAAGCCACUUCCUUCUAUUGAUUUGGAAGAUGAAAAGGUACCACCUUCUGCAGGAGGUACAAUCUCAUCCGGAUCGUCCACCUUGGUUAGUACCACCGGUGGUAAUAGUGUUGCUACGACAGCAGCAGGAACUCCUGGAGCUGCUGGAGCGGUUGCUACUGGUACUGCAGCUACAGCUGCGGGUGGUAAUGGUACAGCUGGCAUAAAACAAAAAGCUAACCGUAAUUUCACCAAGGAAGAAUUACAUCUCCAAAAUCUGAAGAAGAAAACGCGAAAACGAACGCGUAAGUUCGAGAUUGAUGGGGUACAAGUAACAACCACCACAAGCAAGGUGAUCUACAGUGAUGAGGAUAACAACAAGCUGUACGACGACCAUCUGUUCCGCAAGCAGGAAUUACGCGAGCUAAAGAUGCUACAGAAGCAGGAGAAAAAACAGUUUUACGACCUGCAGGGUAAAGAAGCGAUCGCCAAAGAACAGCAAGAGAAGAAAUUCGAGCAGGAGCGACUACAGCUGGAGCGUACGUUCGAGGCAGACAUGGACGUGCUAGCCCGUCAGCACCGGCAGACGGUAGAGAAGUUUGAACAGCAGCAGGAAGCAGAACUGCGCAACACAUCCAAGAAGAUCCGUGCCGAACAAGAGCGAGACCUAAAACUGUUCCGGGACAGUUUGAAGCAAGAAAUACGAUUGCUAAAACAGGAAGUGGAUCUGUUGCCGAAGGAAAAGCGAAAAGAUGAGUUCCGUAAACGGAAAACUCAGAUGGAGUUUGAACACGAGGAGCGCGAAAAAUCGUUCCUUUCAUCACUGUCGGAAAAUCAUGAGCUUGCUCUUCGGCGAAUCAGUGAGAUUUAUCGCGAAAAGCUGUCCGCUACCGAUAAAGGUUACCUGCAACAAAAGCAAACGGCAAUGCGAACGAGGGAAGCGAUGCUGUGGGAGCUGGAGGAGAAACAUAUCCACGACAAGCAUCAACUGGCUAAGCGCCAUGUGAAGGACAUCUGUUUCAUGCAGCGGCACCAAAUGAUUAUCCGGCAUGAGAAGGAAUUGGAUCAAAUCAAACGCAUGAUCACUCGAAAGGAGGAGGAACUGUUGAAGCGUCAAACUAUUGAAAGGCGAGCACUGCCAAAGAGAAUCCGUGCCGAGCGGAAGGCUCGCGAUAUGAUGUUCCGUGAAUCGUUGCGCAUUUCAAUGACCACCGAUCCGGAGGUGGAACGGGACAAACUGAAAAAGUUCCAAGAGCAAGAGAAGAAGCGAUACAACCAGGAGCAGUUGCGUUUUGAAACGAAACACAGCAAGCAGCUUGAAGAGCUGAGAGCUACCUCAGAGGGAUCGAUAAGGGAACUAGAGCAAUUGCAGAAUGAAAAACGUAAGCAGCUGCUUGAACAUGAAACUGCAAAACUUCGAGAAUGUGACGAAGCGUUGCAGAAGGAGUUGCGUGAAUGGAAGGCGCAACUGAUGCCGCGCAAACAGCGUCUCGAGGAAACGUUUGCCCAGCAGCUGGAAGAGAUGGAACAGUUGUACGGCAACAGCCUGGUACCGAUGCCUCCGCAAUCACCGCAAGCACACGACCCACACCCGCACGUACACCAUCAUCAUCUGUUGCAGGUCGGGGGCUCAACGCGGAGCAGCAUUUCUUCGUAUUCCGAUGGAUUGGGCGCAUGACAGGGGGCGGCGGGCUUCAGGGCACGGUACAACAGUAUCAGCGGCAGCGGAACCGGAACGAGCGGUGGCGGUGCGAGCAGCAUCGGUCACAGCAGCUACCGGAACAGCAGCAGCUAGUAGUGUGGUCGAUCGAAGAGGGUAACUGUUUGUUGCAUUUGUGCUAGCUCAUUCAGUGCUCCCGUUCAUUUAGCUUCGAUAGUGUCCCAGAAGUUCUGCCAACAACGUUAAUCUGCAAAACACGGGAAGUAGCGUAAUUCGUAUCGGUGGGCUUUAAAAUAGUUUUUAAGUGUCCUGUGUAAAAAGGCGAAUUUGUUAUGUGCGUAACAAUGUAGCACUGUACUAUCAAUUCAAGUAUUCGACAUUUAUAGACAAAAAAUGAUGUCUUGAGAACGAUAAGUUCAUAAAAGCAAUGGUAAAAAAUCGACACAGCAUGAAUGGAUGGAAUGAUGAUGAUGUAGGUAGGUCGUGGCAUAUGUCUACGAUCAUUGCAUUAUUAGAGAAGAUAUGUUUCGAAUACUGUGCAUGAUUUCCACAAAUCAUGCAACGCGUUUAAUAGAAAUGUGUGUGUGUGCAAGAGACUAGGCAAAUUUGGUUAAAUUGUGUACAUUUUUAAUUGUGUUUUCUCCGCUGAAUGAGUCCCACAUUAUUGAAAAAGAUUAAUGAAUGUAACAGCCGUCACAUGCGGCAUAGAGAACGACAAGAACUAAACCAACCAAAACUGUAACUUAAUUUAACAUAAGCAGUUGAGAUUCCCUUAGCGUGGAAGCUUAACACUAUUUUUUCACCCGAUCACGAUCAUAUUAAGUAUUCGCUUCCCGUUUGUAUGCAAUAAUAUUUCACGUCAACAAAACAUGCUGCCGUUGUUGUUUGCCAAAUUGUUUUAUAUUUUAACCUAGUGGGUGUGUCGGUUGUUUUGUUUUUUAAGACAUCUGCUAUUUCAAGCGAAAUGCCCUACAGCAUUACGUGAAUAAUGAUGCGAUGUGCGAUUUCUUCCAAUAGUAAUUAAGUACCUAUGUUUCGAGCAAACUCGUAGACAAAACAAAGUGUCCGUCAGAGUAGGUUGAAUGUUGGUAAAGAAAUUGCGAUCACCGUAUAGGUGUAGGAUGUUUGUUUCAGUACGUUUGCUUCCAGUUAAUUCAUCUCGUGCAUGGUUAUCCUUAGAUUGUAUCAUAACUUGUUAAAAAAACAUCUAGUUUCAUCGAACUUAUUGGCAUUUUGCUGGGUACAGGAUGUUGCUUUUCUUAAUAUAACACACCAAUUAUUUGAUCCAGCCGAGAUCCAACGAUAUCAUGCAUUACUGUGGCGUAGUAAUGUAGGAAUGUGUAUUUUAUUUUAAAUAAUUAAUUUUUAACAAUGGUUUCAUUAACUUGCACACCAAAUCGCUGUUGCAAGCAACACAGGGUUCGGUGUAUGAAACAAACUUUUUUUUCAUGUAAAUAUUUCUUUCAAUAUUCUUGACAGGCACAUUCCUCAAUCGGGUUGUGCAUUGUGCAUUGUGGUUCGUUUUUUCUGUUUUAUACGUAAUUGGUUCUAUUAUGUCUCCUACCCUUUCCGUGAAGUCUUUCACUUGCAAAAAUAUAGAGCAAUAUAUCGAACCCUUAUCGAUAAAAGGGCGUAAUUAUUAAACGAAUUAAUCCAAUUACGUGUCAUGUUUCAUCCAUCAGGUUAUCACGAUCCUAGAUGAUGGGCAUUGCAUUACGGUGUACUUUAAAUUUCAAUUUCAUUGCUAUGUAAAUGUUGAGGGUAUUUCAUUUUUAAAUGUAAGUAGUUGUUACUCUAUUGUACAAAAUAUUAGACACACGCAUACCAUACCUCCUUCAGAUGAUUGGCAGUGCCACUGUCGUAUCAGUAAAGGAGGAAUCCUAGUGUAGCCGUAAACGUUUAACAUACUAUGUUCGUUCUGGCCAGGAGAACAAUAUCCAAACAAUCUUUUACGAACCGUAGCUUUUCCCUUGGGAACGGGAAGCUAAAUGAAACCGAAAGAAAGGAAUAUAUAAUAAUUUACAUGCCACGACCCUUCCACAGCACGAAAACUCUGUGGCGUGGAAAGCCAACAUUGAACUGAGUGAUACAACCGAAUAGGAUGUUUUCCGUGAUUAUAGACACGUAUAUAUAAAAGGAAAGAGGAGUAAAAUUUAAACGAAAUUAACCGUAUUAGAUAGCUUCAGUUUAGAAAUGGUAAAAACAAAAAGAUAAAAUCAGAAGCAAAAAGAAUACACAAGAAGGAUGAGGAAAUGAAGGGCACAAUUUCUACGUUGUGCACCGUCUGUGUGUGUGCUGGACGCUUGAAAUUGUACUGUAGGGAAAGUAUAUAGUAAUUGCAAGAUAUGCAAUGAAUAUCGUUUAAGAAUUAUAAUAAAAUUUCUUAUUUUUACUCUAA